GAAAUCACUCAUUUCCUGUUCAUCAGGGGUUUUGACGUCUAGUAAGCCGUAUCAAGUUGACCGAUUCUUUCGACAUUUAUUUUAAUUUCCUAGUUACCAGGAUGCAGAUAUGCAGCGUGUGCAGCGAACAGACACCGAAAUACAGAUGUCCAGCCUGCAAAAUAAGAUAUUGCUCCCUUGGCUGUUAUAAGCUACAUAAAGACACUUGCCUCCCUGUUACACAACCUACACCCACUGAUCCUGAAGUGAGGGACACUUUCACCUCAGAGACUUGGACAGUUGAUGAUCUUCUGCACGAGGAGGACAUCAUUGAUAAAGUGCCUCUCCAGAGACUCCAGGUGUUAGGUCAGUCUAAAAAGCUGCGAGAUCUCCUCUGCAACCCCCACCUGAGACAGUUGCUCCACUCUAUUGACAGCGCAGACAGCAAAGACGACGCCAUGAAGGCUGCGAUGCAGGAGCCGCUGUUUGUUGAGUUUUCAGAUCGAUGUUUGAAAAUUGUAGGAAAUGAAGACAAAUCAUGAACAUUUAAUGAAGCUGGUGAUUUCUGAAAUUGUGUAUGGAUGACCUAGUGUCCAUAUUGUUCCCUUUUUUUUGUAUAAAAUUCAUGCCUUGAGAUUUAACUAAAUAAAAAAAACCUUUCCUGAG